UACAGAGGCCAAAAAGCAUUGCUGGUACUUUGAAGGAUUAUAUCCUACAUAUUAUAUAUGUCGCUCCUAUGAGGACUGCUGUGGUUCAAGAUGCUGUGUAAGAGCUCUCUCUAUCCAGCGACUAUGGUAUUUUUGGUUCCUUUUGAUGAUGGGAGUUUUGUUCUGUUGUGGAGCUGGUUUCUUUAUCCGAAGGCGGAUGUACCCUCCUCCACUAGUAGAAGAACCUACUUUUAAUGUGUCUUACACCAGACAACCAGUCAACACUGCAUCAGGGUCACAACAACCUGGAGUGCCGUAUUACACAGAUCCAGGUGGACCUGUGGUGAAUCCCAUGGCUAUGGCUUUCCACGUCCAGCCCAAUUCCCCACAAGGAAACCCGGUUUACCCACCCCCACCUUCCUACUGCAACACACCACCUCCCCCUUACGAGCAGGUGGUGAAGUCCUCCACGUGAGGACUCUCUGGCUCUCUGACCUGACUGUGCGAGAAGAAGGUGCGGUGCCAUUGCGAAAUAAAUGACCGAGAUGGAGGGCAUCCACCCUUUUGAACACUUGCUGGUUCUCCAAGUCCUCUCUCCCUCCCUCCCCUGCACCUUUCCUCAUUAAAGUUACUUGCAAAGGGAUAAUUUUUAAAUAUUUUUUUUUUAGUAGAAGUGAAUUUUUUCUUGGUCUUCAAAAUGAAAGAAGUUGUCUUUGUAAUGCUUUUAAUGGAAACCUAUAUUUAAAACCUGUA